AUGGCACAAUCAUAUCUACCCCUACCUAUCCUGAACCACAGUAUCCGUGUCUUCCUUCUCGCAGACUUCCUGGCUCAGCGCGAACAGUCAGAAUGGGCUACACCGGCCAGACGCAGUCUAUUAUUCGUAGCCUGCAUCCUGCAUGACAUCGGAUGUGCAACGCAGCUUGACGGCCCACAGCGGUUCGAGGUUGAAGGAGCCGAUGCUGCCGCUAAUUAUCUUCGUCAACAUAACAUUGUGGAAUCAGACAUUCACGAAGUCUGGCAGGCAAUCGCCCUGCACACCAGUGCAGGAAUUGCGGAGCGUAUCAGUCCUCUUGCCCGUCUGGUCCGUCAAGCUGUCCUCACCGACUUCGGUAGCCAGUUGGAUAAAGAAAGACAAGAUGCUCGGUCGAGUGCUGAGGACUCAUUUCCACGACUUGGCAUUGAAAAGAUAUUAGGAGAUGUUGUCGUUGGUCAAGCGUUGAGGCAGCCUGAAAAAGCACCGCCAGCGUCCUGGCCAGGGAUUUUAUUACGAGCAAAGAAGGAAUCGCCAGAGUGGGAUGGUGUGAAUAAAGCAUUUUGA